AUGGCAAAUGCGCUUAGGCUGGUGAUUGGUGCUGUCAUCAAUGUUGAAAUUUGGAUAUUGUUGUGUACAAAUAUCUUUGUGCUCUUUUGCAUCAUAAAAGGUCGUUUACAUUUGAAAAAAGAUAACUCUGUUCAUAUACUAGCCAACUUCAACAUAUUUUUCGAAAUCUUACAACAAAUUCUGCAUGUUUUUUAUGUUGGCCCUGCGAUCAUCACUGGUAAAUGGUUCUUCGAAGGACAAAACUCGCUGGGUGUGACGAUAGCAGCAACAUGGUUUCUUGGAUUAUGGUAUCUUGGAUCGUUGGUGCAAAUGUUGUUUGCUACAAACAGAUUCGUUGUCAUAUGCUUCCCAUCAAAAACCUUUUUCACCAGGUCAAGAGUUUUCAAAUUCAUUAUAUUGAGCUGUUGUGCAGCAGCCGGAAUGGUCACCUACUCACAAAUAUUGUCACCGUGUUGCAGGAUAACCCCUGAUCCAAACUACUUUGGUUACUCUUAUCUUAUAACAAAUCCUAACGCUGGAAAUCCCUCCAUGUAUCGCGUAGAUUUACCACUCGACAUCACUACUUCAGCAUAUUGUGGUUUAUCUUACAUAGCUCUUUUCGCUUAUGUGCUCAAAGUUGGCGCUCCCACUGAUGCUCGCUCCAAAAGGGAACUGAGAUGUUGCGUGCAAUUCCUCUUGAUGUUUCUUACGUAUACUAUCACGUGGCUAACAUUUUUCGUAUAUCCAGUUAUUGGUAUACCGUAUCCGGAAGCCUAUGCUGUCACUACUGUGGUAUUUAUGUCAAAUUGUGGUAUAAACUCUAUAAUCUACCUAGUCAUGAAUAGAGAGGUACGUAGGGUGGUCAAUGAAGUAUUUGGAAGGAAGGGGUGCACGAAUCUUCCUGGCACCAGCGCCUUCUCAAGACGUGCUAGGUUAUCAUCAAACACCAAUGAGAAGGAAUUCUCUCGUCCACAUUUAGCCAAGCCGUCAAAGUAG